AUGCUUUGCGUUUGCUUGUCUUCGUGCAACGUAUCGACUCGUCCAACGUCGUUCGAUUUAGACAUGGUUCGCCAGUGCGAUUUUGCAGUUGACAGUGGCUGUAAGUUAGAAGUUGAAGUGUUCUUUAUAAGUGUAAAUGUGGCUUUAAACAAAACGUUCGGUACGGACCUUGUAGUUGACGGGUGUGCAUUUGUCGACAGGGAGUUGUAUUCCAAAUUCUUCGUUUCUGGACUGGUGGAAGUUCUGAACCAGUUAUGUUUUGGUGGAAUGGAUUCCCGUUGA